GUUUAUCAAAACGGUAAUGUUUACAUAUUCAAAAGUAUUUUUCAAAGUUGUUUUACAAUGCCCCACGUCCAAAUUAACACUUAAUCCAAGUCAAAUUUAAGAUGAUGCCCCAUUUUCUCAGUGCGUGAAAAGAGAGGACCCAAGACGCUUGUGCAAACAACAAUAACAGACAUGGGAAACGGAAUGAACAAGAUCCUUCCUGGCCUGUACGUGGGCAACUUCCAUGAUUCAAAAGAUGUUGAACAGCUGAACGCCAACAACAUUACUCACAUCCUUGCCAUCCAUGAUACAGCUAAGGCACUGCUUCAGGACAGGGAAUAUCUGUGUAUCCUGGCCAGCGAUAAUUCCGAGCAGAAUCUGACUCAAUUCUUCCCCCAGUGUAUAGAUUUCAUACACAGUGCCAGACUGGGUGGUGGGUCUGUGCUGGUUCACUGUCUGGCAGGUAUUUCCCGCAGUGUGACAGUAACGUCGGCUUACAUCAUGACAGUGACAAAACUAGGCUGGAAGGAUGCCUUAAAUGCAGUGCGAGGAGCUCGUAAUGUUGCCAGACCCAACUUUGGCUUCCAGCACCAACUGCAGAUGUUUGAAGUGGAUGGCUUACAAGAUGAACGUAAACGAGUGAAAGAAAAGUUCCCUGUCAACUCCCUGAAUGAUGAACAAAGCUGUAAGGAGCUUCUAGAAGGCUACAGGAAGUUUGUGCUGCAUGGAGCUACAGUGGAUAACGAGCUGUACAACUUGCCACCAAAUGCCUACAAGGACAGGCCACGCUCAAAUCGAGACAAGAACCGAGAUGACAAAACGGAUUCUUCGGGCACUUCAUCAUGAUGAAGCUGUGAAGAGCUUCAAGAAGGCUAGCAUUACCAUUAUUCGGAUUCAUCAGACAUGCAUGAUAAUGUUACAUAGAUCUAUAUUACCACUACUGUGCUCGAAAUUGAGGAAAAGUCAAAUAGUCCUUGCAUAACCCUGAUGUUAAACUCAAAGAUUGAGGGUUCCCAUAUCAGAAAACCUCAAGGCCCCUUGAAGCCCUUUAUUAUUAAUGUUGUAAUCCCAUGACUAGAGAGUGUCACAUUCAGAUAAAGGGAGACAACCAGGAUAGGCAUGUGCAAGUACAGUUUCCUUACAUGGUAGGUUGUCUCCCUUGGGUUCCCCAUAUUUUGUCACCUGUUGAACUAGCUUGAUGGGGAUCUGCCACAAUAGAAAUAUGUUGGUUGUAGGUAUUAGGGCUUAGGUGGGUCGGAGUUACUCUCCUGGUGCCAGUGCUUCUAUUACUGGCCCUGAAGACCUCUUUAGAAUGUGUUUCAGUGUUGUCAAUCAGUAAAGUCACAACUAGAUGAAGUGGUGUGGAAUUAGCAGUAUUCUACACAAGCUUGUUGAAAAGAGAUUCAAAUAUCGUACAAAUGUUGUUGGUGAAAUAGAAGAUGUGUCACAAUUAGAAUACCUGGUGUUAACAUUUUAUUUAGCAUGCUGCAUUAAACAUUGGUUUAUGAGGUCUGGGUGGCCCAAGAGUUAUAUGCAGGGUUGUAACCUUUGAUCCUGGGUUUGAAUUUCAGAGCAUCCUGAUUAUGGUUCUAGGAUUGUCAGCACCAUACCCAUACCCAUGCUUGUGGGUUUCACUUAAUUGGUAUUAAAGUGUUUGAAAUAAUGAUAAAAUCCAACAAGACAAUCGCAGGUGACCCAUAAGUGUUGUCUGCCCAUCUUCAAAGUUACCUGCCCGUAUUCAGGCAUCAUAACUAUUGAAAAAUCGCAAACACUAAGAGACAAAUCAUGUCUUGAUUCUGUUGAAAUAAUGCAAACAAUUACUUGAGAAUCUACAAGGAGUUAUGAUAAAACUGAAUAUGUAAGUAGUCUUAAAAUUAUCUGCCAGAGAGUCAGGCAGUUUGAGGAAAAUUUCAUGCAGCCCGACAGAAAACUUACAAUCCAUGGGCAGGCAGACACGGAAUUGGUAAACAUCUUAGACCUUCAUUUCUUUAGAUUAUCUCCCACAUCAAGCUGACAUUCUGUAAUAUACCUGAAAUACUGUUAAAAGAAACAUUAAACCAAUUCACACACUUGACUACUGGGCCAACUUGAACAAAGCGCACUCAGCACUAAGAUGAUCGUAACUCCCAUACUUUAACAUAGGCUUACAAUAGUCUUAGCGCUAAGAUCACUUUGUGCAUGUGGGCCCAGGUUGUGAUCAUCAUGAACAUAGUCCCAUUUGUCUGAAACCAUUAUGUAUGUGAUAUUGUGGAAUAUUGCUAAAAGCAGUGCAAGAGCCAACACACUUUCUCAAUUACUGUACCCCCUUGUACAGGGGGUAGCCUUAUACGUUGGGUCGCUUUAUAGACGGCGAUAUACGGUAUGUGUCCUGGGUGUUAUAUCAUGUGCUUCCUGAUGUCAUUGUGAGGCAUCCAUUGAGCUGGACCAGCAUUAGAAAGUAAAUCUAACAUAUGUCUAACCCAAGACUAGUUGUACUUCCAAAUGGCUAGUGCAUCCAUCCACUGCUGGCUUGACUUUUGCCUGAUUUUUGAAAGUUUCCCUAUAGGGUCAUCUAUGACUCACUACUCACUAUUUGUGAGUUUUCCUGAAAUUGCAUGACAGAUUUAUUAAAUAUGUUAUCAUGGUUAUUACAUUUAUAAUAAUAUAAUUAAAUUUUUGUUGUGUUCAUUGAAAUUCCUGUCUUCUGAUUAGCUGAAUUGGUCACGUGUUAUUGCAUUGAUUUCCCAAUGACUGUA